CCUCCUCCUCCUCCUCUCCCCCUCCUCCAUUAUUAUCACUUAAAAAAAAAAAUGGCGACAGCGACUCUUCUACUCCCCCCAUGUCCUCGUCUCCUCGACCCCUCGUCCUCCUCCUCCUCCUCCUACUCCCACCGCUUCGGCCCGAGUCGACUCGGCCUCGGCCGCGCCCGUCCAUGGCUCGAGCUUCCGAGUCGCGCCGAGUCGUCGAAGCGGCGGCGGCGGCGGCGGCGGCGGAGUAGGGCUUUCGCGAUCGACGCCGACCACACCUCCUCCGCCUCCUCCGCAUUCCUCUUCUUCCUCCUCGACGCCGGGUACUCCCCCGCGAGCUACUACACCUCGCUAGGGCUUUUCGUCAUCUCCGUCCCCGGCCUCUGGUCUCUCAUUAAGCGCUCCGUCAAAUCCAAGAUCGUGCAGAAGACGUUCGUCAGGGAGGAGGGCGCAGUGGCGCCGCCAAAUCAAGUGGCGGGGGAGAUACUAUCCUUCUUCACCCGCAACAACUUUGCCGUCACCGACCGUGGCGAGACCAUCACGUUUGAAGGCGUAAUGGUCCCAAGCAGAGGCCAAGCAGCAUUGCUCACCUUCUGCACUUGCAUAAGCCUCGGCAGCGUCGCCCUCGUGCUCUCGAUCGCGGUUCCUGAAGGAGGAAACAACUGGUUUUGGCUCAUGACACUAAGCCCGCUGGCGGGAGUUUACUACUGGACGAAGGCGUCGAGAAAGGAGGAGAUAAAGGUGAAGAUGGUGUUGGGUGAUGAUGGUAGCCUCUCGGAGAUCAUCGUCCGCGGGGACGAUCAACAAGUAGAGCAGAUGAGGAAGGAGCUUCGGCUCAGCGAGAAGGGAAUGAUCUACGUGAAAGGGAUCUUCGAAAGAUAGUGUCAGUAACCAAUAAUAAGUAAAAACUAAGGUGAUGGUAUCUAAAAAUGUUAAAACCAAGUGUGACACAAUUCAAGUGGGAAGAGAGAGUAGAACAUCUACAUCAAUUUUGUUACAUGGUUUUCUUAUUAGUGGAGAGCAGUGAUUUAUUUUUUUCAUGUGUUAUAGCAAAGAUGUUGUUUUUGACUGCAGAGGAUAGAAAUGAAGGUUGUUGUAUAAUUGAGACCAAAGAAAUUGCUCUUAAAAAUAUAUUGCUUCAAAUUUGAGAAUAA